AUGGCGCCCCCGAGCGUCCCUGGCGACCUUCCCAUGAACAACAACCCGGGACCACGGAACAUCGGCCUGGGGCUGAAUCGGGGCUACGCCGCCGACUGGACGGUCCAGGACGCCUUGCGGGAGCUCUAUCAGAAUUGGAAAGAUGCAACCCUGCAGACCACUCCGAUGGAUUUACUCAAUUUUCUGCCCCGCGUGACGGUUUCGCCCAACGAAGAUGAAAUCAUCAUCACGGUGGAGCAGAGACCCUCCCCGGCCUCAAGUGGGGACGGGCCGCCCACCUAG